AUGUCAAUGGAUCAAGACAUUGCACAGGAAUUAACAGGAGCUGAUUUAAUUAGAACAUAUGCUGAUUAUAUUGAUGCAAUGAGAAGUAUAUAUAAACUCACAAAUGACAAGGUUGAAAGCACUUUUAUCAAAGUUAAAGAAAUCUUGAUAAAUAAAUAUCAUUUAAAAACAUCGGACAUUCUAUUAAUAGUGGGAAGAUGUCUUUAUUUUAGGGAUCGUUACAUGAAAGCAUAUUUAAAGCUCUAUGACUUGAUUAACAGUCUUAAAAAUAAUAAAAUAAAUCCGUGGUUUGUAACUGAACUCAAAGAUGUUAUCUCUGCAUUCGAAAAUAACAAGCAAAUAACAGACAGUUCUUUUGGAGACUACUACGAACUUUUGAAACCAAAAUCAUUAUUUAAUUCAAUCAUGAAUGAUGAUCUCGAAACAAUGAUAUACAUAGUCAAUCAGCCAGGUUUUCACAUCAAUAUCAAAAUGAACAAAUGUUUAUUUAAUGCUGAGGAGAAAUUCAAUCUUUUGGAAGUUUGCUCUUAUUAUGGUUCAGAAAAAUGCUAUUUAUAUUUAAGACAGAAUCAUAAUUUUGAACCUUCUUAUUUUUCGAUUGCAUUAUCAUUCUUAGGUGGAAAUCCACGGAUUAUACAUGAAUCAUUACCUUUAAUAGAUUCUUCAAAUAUUAGUGAAUGUGUUAAAUAUGCAAUUAUAUCACACAACAUCGAUUUUUUCAACUAUUUAAAUAACAACUUUCCUCAUCAAGAUAUUUGUUAUAUUGUAACAGAUUAUUAUAAUCUUGAAGCAUUUUUGAUAGCAAUUGAUUCAGGACAAAUAUCUUCUUUUGAUAAUCAUCAACUCAGAUUCAAUAUUGAUGAUUUACUUGUAUAUAUAUUUAAAAAAUUCAAGCAAAGUGCAGUCAAAAAAUUUGAUAUUUUACAUGCAUUUUAUUAUUAUAAAAUUCCAAAAACUAUUAUAUGCGCCAUCGAAAGUGGAGCCAAUUUCACAAAAACAGCUCUUCAUUAUGCUACAAUACAUAAAUCGAAAGAAAUAGUUGAGGUUUUAAUUUCACACGGAUUAGAUAUCAACGCAAAAGAUAAAGAUGGAGUAACUCCACUUCAUUACGCAGCAAUGAAAAGUUUAGAUAUGGUAGAAUUCCUUAUUUCACACGGAGCAGAUAUUAAUGCAACAACACACCAAAGAAAAACUGCUCUUUAUUUUGCACAAUAUUUUGGCGAAAACGAUACAGCAGAAUUUCUUAUUUCACAUGGUGCAAAGGAAAAAUCAGGAGAACAUGAAGAAAAUGAUGAAUUUGAUGAAGAUUAUGAAUAUAAUCAAUAUUACGAAGUUGAAGACGUUGAUGAAUAUAAUUUAUAUGGCGAUAUGAUGAUGACGAUGAUGCUGAAGAAGGUGAUAAUUUAA